GGGGCCGAGGGAAGCUGGAGCCCAACAACCCAGCGGCGCUUCAGGGAAGGGGUUUUCGGGAGGCUGGGAACCAAGAUGCUCGGCCUCAGUGUUCCCCGCCGGACCCUUCAUGGCGACGGACGAGGCGCAGACAGGAAGUGGCCGAGGAAACUCGAAAGAGUUGCUGGGGGCCCCGCUCGGUUUCCGGGGCUGCGGAGGCGCAGCCCAGCCCUAGAAGGCCGGCCUCUGCAACGCCGCUUCUCCGCGCGCCCUGUUCCCUCGGGGCGAGGCCCGGACCCGGCGGGACCUGAGAGUAUGAUGGCUCACAGCCAGGCGACGAAAAGGUUUCGGAGCAGGAGCCGAAGCGACUCCCAGAGCAGGCGAGAUGUGGAGGAGAAGGAGAAGGAAAGGAGGAGAAGCAGCAGAGAAUCCCAGGGGAGGAUGAGGAGUUUGUCUCCCGCCAGCAAAAGAGGAUCUGAGCCCCCAAGGGUCCGAAUGGGCUCAGCCUCCAGCAAAGAAGUGAAAAAGAAGAAGAAGAAGGAGAAGGAGAAGAAGAAGAAAAGGAGAAGAGGCAGCAGCAGCAGCAGCAGCAGCUCCUCCGAGACCAGCUCCUUAUCUUCAGGAUCGUCCUCCUCUUCCGAUUCCUCUACAGAUGUGUCAGGUGACGAUGAAUCCAACCGCAAAAGGAGGAAGCAGAGCAAGAAGAAGCUAAGCAAAGAGAAAGAUAAAAAGCAAAAGAAGAAGAGGAAGAGGAAAACCAAGAAGAAAGCAAAGAAUAAAUCAAAGGGGAGGGAGAAAGAGGGAGCAACAAAGGGGGAGGCACUCCCUGGCCCUUCCCUGGACCAGUGGCAGAAAGAGACCCUGGGAGACUCCGGGCCAGCCCUGACAGACGAGCAGAAAUCCCGCAUCCAAGCAAUGAAGCCCAUGACGAAAGAGGAGUGGGACGCUCGGCAGAGUGUGAUAAGGAGAGUCGUUGACCCUGAAACAGGAAGAACAAGACUUAUUAAAGGUGAUGGCGAGGUCCUUGAGGAGAUUGUUACUAAGGAGAGGCAUAAAGAAAUUAACAGGCAAGCCACGCGGGGAGAUGGCCUUUCCUUCCAGGCGAGGACGGGGAUGCUGCAGUGAUAACAGGAUGGUCUUCAGAGAUGGUUUUAUUCCCAGCUGCAGAAGCUUUGCCGAAACCAGGCACUGCACUCCCCACACCCCACACCCGUCCCCAUGGAAUUUGCAUGCCAGUGCCAUCAGGACUGAGAACUGCUGGGGCAGGAAGAUGCCCAGAUUCAUCAGCUCCUAGUACAAAUCCUUCUGUUUUGCAGUUCUCCCCUGUGAGGCUUUCCAGUUGCUGCCUCCAGCUUGUUUCCUCAUCAAGGCACCUCCCUUAGCAGUGAAAAACAGUGAAAAUAAUUAUCCCAAAGCAAAAGGGAAGUGAGCAAAAACAGAAGACCCAGGUCACUGGAAAGGAAGCGACGGAAGUCUGACAACAAAUGCUGUGGAGAUCUUUUACCGCUCUGCCUGCCUCCAAGGCCGAUGGACCAAGUGGAAAGUGGGCUGGAGGCUUCUGGCUUUGAUCCUGCUUGCCUCUCUCCUGUGUGGGAGGGGACUUUUUUCUAAAGCUCAGCCCAGCUACUUCCCAGCUGGCUUCAUGGUGUCUAGGCUCUGAAACCUCCACAUCAAGGGGCGAGGAAGCAGCUAGGCUGCAUCUCCAAAUCCACUGUCCUAAGAAGGUGGUGGGAGGAGCACCAGCAGCUGCAACCUGUCUCCUCCUGCUCAAGGCCGAGGGAGUUUCACGCUCUUGGGUUCUGCUGGGAAGAGCAGGGUAAGGGCGUGCAGUUCUCACACAGGUCCACUCUUGCUGUGCCCCACCUCUAGCAUCUCUGGCUGAGCAGCAUCUACUCAGGUGUGGGGCUUGGCAAGGUGGCUGGUCAGCCAUGUUCUGCUGCUACCUCACCUUUUCUUGUGCUGUAGCCUGACACAACGCAGCCUCUGCGUAAGGGCAGAAGGGCACCUUAGUGGUGAGAUCUGGAUCGCACUUCAGGCUGUUCUGGUUUCCCACUUCACACUUACACCUACCUAACAUAGGAACAGGAAUGCACUGAGGCUUCCUUAACAGGUCCACAUGGUAACACUUUUCUGCUGCAGCGUUAGCUAGAUAGGAUGCAUUAAGCUCUGGAUUCUGAAAAGUGCUGACACCUGCUGUCUUCACGGGAAAUUCAAAGCCUUGACCCUUUAAGGGUGCCACACAAUUUGCUUCCUUGCUAGAGGGCCCUUAUGUGUCCUUGUGCCAACAGCUAUGCAAUUGGCAAGCAUGUCAUACUUUCAGGAGCGACUCUGUCCAUGAUGCUUUGCUUUGUUUCCAGGCUCCAUUUGGGCAGAUUAUAUAUCUGGUGUAUCUCUGUAUGCCAGGGGUAGCCAAAUGCUUUUGGCCCGAGUGCCAAACAUUGCCAAUCCUCUGAGGGUUGCAUGCCUGUGACACACUACACACACAACCACACAGGUACACAAAACAUCUCCAUCACUAUGAUGGUUAUUUCCUUAAUGAAGCACUGGGCUAGGUGGAGAGGUUUAAAUCUCUGUUCUCAGGGUUGUUGCAGAGGUUUAAACUGUGCAUGUUACUGGCACAAGCAAUUGAUUAAGGGGGGGGCACAAGAGAGACUACAAUGCCAAAAAUGUAUUGGGGGGGGCAGGAGGAGAAGCCUGCUGAUUCUGCCAGCGACCCUUAGAGCAACAGUGUUGUUGCUGGGAUUGUAGACCUCACACCCACCCCUUUCCUUAGAGGUAUGGUAAGGGAACUGAUAAGCAGCUCUCCUGAGGCAGGACGUGGUGGUUUGCUCACCAACUUUUGGUAAUCAAACAAACGUCAGUUUGUGAGAAAUUCAUUUUAAUUAUAUCCUGUUAAUUAUUUACCCAGUGCUGAAGAAUAAUUCACACUUUGGCCUUAUUCCUCCAAAGAAGAGUCAAGCCAAUGAAUUGUUGCUUUAACUCUUUUUCAUCAAAACUAACAGAAUGAUUAAAAAAAUGCUUCACUUUACAUGGAUUGUGCCCUUUAAGGGUGUGGUCUUUGUUUUGCAAAAUCACAGCACUCCUAUUUAACUGGUAGCAACCAGGUUUGUCCAGGUAAUAAAUGUCAUGUCAUCAACUUACACAGGCUUGCUGAUGCAGGUAAUACCAGGCCUGUUCAUUAUAACAGCCUUCCCCAUCUUGUCUGUUUUAGGGUAUCAUCUGUUUAUUAUGGUUUUGUGCUGUUCUGGGACAGGGUUGUUCCACUGAACCAAGAAGAACUUCCGACUCAGCCACAUGUAACCAAAGUCAUGCACAUAAGACCGAAUAAAGCUUUCCUGCUUUGCUUCAGCGA